AUGACCUGUGCUGACUUUGACACACACUGGUCACAGACAGGCAGACAGACAGGUCGACGGACAGACAGACACUGAGUGUAUUAUUACUGUAGAAAUGUGGUUAUGAAGCAACACUCCAUAUGCCUCCAAAAUGGCACUGUAUUCCUUAUGUAGUGCACUACUAUUGACCAGAGCCCUAUGGGCCCUAUAUAUAGAAUGGGCCCUGGUCAAUAGUAGUGCACUAUAAAGGGAAUAGAGUACCAUUUGGGAUACAUGAUCAAAAUCUCUGUAUUUCUCUCUCUCUAGAUGUCUGAGGCGCACAGUCACUCUGGAAGUAUAUCUCUGAUCCAGUCCAUGCUGCACAGACUGAGCACUGCAGAAUACACUGAUCAACCUCCUAACACACACCCUAACACACACCCAAACACACACCAACACCUCACAACCUCAGUGGAAACAGACAGUGGAUUCUAUGUGACCCUUCAGGACCACGAUAAUGCAGAGCUCACAUUCAAAGGGAAGCUUGUCGCAGUGAUUGAGGAUGAUGAUGGUGAUUAUGUUGAUGAUGAUAAUGAUCCACAAUUGGAAGCUCUGACUGAAAGGGACAAUGAUCUGGAAUCAUCAGACAGGGAUUCAGAGGAGAGAGAAGAGGGGAAUUCCGGUAUUCCUUUUUUGGAUGCAGGAUUGGAAAAACUGGUAGACGAGGAGAAAACCAGCAAACCCCCCGCUGUGAUUCCCAGAUGGGAGAGACGGCAGUUGCUACCCUGUCCCCCUGGCCUGGAUGGUAGACCCCCGCCUCCCCCCGCUCCCCCCAAGAGGAGGGCUAAACCACUGCUACACCCUACAGGGCCACCGCCGCCACCCCCUCCACCAGCCCUUGACCCUAGCCAGAGUGCUCCUGUGUGGGGGAGAGUGGUAGGUGAGGGCCCAGGCUAUGAGCUGAGGCCUACAGGGCAUGGGAGAGGGCCUGGAGGCCAGGAGGAGGAAAUACUGUCGUCCUCAGGGGACAGGCUGUCUGUGUACUCAGCUGUCAUCCUCAAGUCAGAACGCCGAUUCUCACAGCCCAUUCUGGAUCCUACUCUAGACUCUACAGCACAGAGGGGUGGGAGGGUGCAGCAGCUGAAGACGACUGGGUCUGUGGCAGCACAGGACCCUUCCCAGCUGAGGGGGAAGGAUAUAGGGUGCCCCCCUAAAGCCUCUGAGCCGGUGGGGAUGGGGGUAAUGGGGGUACCCAAGCCACUUAUACCCAAACCUCCACACAGAAACAGAUCUCCGCCCCAGGGACCUGAGGGGAGAGCCCAGGACAGCCCAGAUGGAAGUUCCCCUUCUGGGUCUGAAACAAGAGACAUACCCCCUGACCUCCAGUCUAUACCACCAGAGACCGAGGGAGUCAGAGAACCACCAGAGCCUAGCGAACACAGCGCAGAUGGGAACGAGAGCUCCAGAACCCCUGUCGAUAUUAGGUGUAACACGGGGGAGGGAGGUUUGUUGGAAGGGGGGAGGAAUUUAAAAGACACACAGGAAGUUGUGGUUCAGGACACUGCAACAUGGGGUGAUGGUGGUGUGCUUGGGUCGAAACACCCCAAUGUGAAGGGAGGAAAGGUGAAGACAUUUGCCAAGAAGAUGAUGAGCAGAUGGAAGGAGAGUCAAGAGGAGAAGAGAGGAAAUGGAGAGAUUCAGGAGGACGACAGAGAAAAAGAGGUGGAGAGCGAAAUGCCAUUAGUGAGUCUUUCUUGCUCAUUUAAUGCGACAACAUUACAUUCUUAUUCUUUCUUUUACUCCAAUGAACUAUCUAGCAUUAAAUAAUGAAUGAAUUAUUCCAUCAUUUCCCUCUUACCAUGUUAUGUUAUAACAGGUGAACCUCAAUCAAGAUGGACAUCCAGUCGAACUAUUUAACAUUGAUUAAGUACGAAGUUGCCCUAUUUUUUAGGGUGAUCAUGGUGUGAUUCUUUUGAUCUCUUUUUGACAGGUGAACCUCAAUCAAGAUCGACAUUCAGUCAGGUUGCAUACUAAAAUGUCUGUCAUAGAGGAAGAGGAAGAUGAGGAAGAAGAAAAGAGGAGUGGUGAGGCUACACAGGAGUCACCAAUGAUGGAGCAGCCCUGCCAAGCUGAGACGGAGAGGAAGCCUGUGGGAAACCACGCACGUUUUCAGAGGUGAGAUGGAGAACGGGAGGGAGGGAGGGAGGGAGGGAGGGAGAGAGAGAGAGAGAGAGUGUCUAGGGGAGUCUUGGGGAGUUUCCAUCCACCACAAAAUGUAUCUCACUCCUCUCUUUUUCCUUGACUGUACUUAAGAGGCACUAGAUACCGUGAGUGCUUGUCAUAGGAGAGUACACACCUACCUUUGUCCUAGGUCUCUGCGUGUGUGUGUGUUAUGAUGAUGAUGACGUUACAGUAGCUCAGACACUACUUCCCCAUAGCUGACAUGACUUCAUGAGUGCCCGGAAGUGACCACGCAUUCACACACACACACACAUUCUGUGCUCCAAGUUGUUAGUCCAGAUCAGUGGCAUUUUUGCAAUAGUGCUUUGGUGCUAUUUUCACAAGUAUGUGGUGAAUUUUUAAAUCUCUUCAAACUGGUAACAUUUGUAACGCAGCCAGUCUUACAUUCAAAACCUUUCUAUUUCGCAACAAAGCCUCCUUCACUCAUGCUGCCAAACAUGCCCUCGUAAAACUGACUAUCCUACCGAUCCUUGACUUCGGCGAUGUCGUUUACUAAAUAGCUUCCAACAGUCUACUCAGCAAAUUGGAUGUAGUCUAUCACAGUGCCAUCCGUUUUGUCACCAAAGCCCCAUAUACUACCCACCAUUGUGACCUGUACGCUCUCGUUGGCUGGCCCUCACUACAUAUUCGUUGCCAAACCCACUGGCUCCAGGUCAUCUAUAAAUCACUUCUAGGCAAAUCCCCGCCUUAUCUUAGCUCUUUGGUCACCAUAGCAACACCCACCCGUAGUAUGCGUUCCAGCAGGUAUAUCUCACUGGUCAUCCCCAAAGCCAACACCUCCUUUGGCCGCCAUUCCUUCCAGUUCUCUGCUGCAAAUGACUGGAACGAACUGCAAAAAUCUCUGAAGCUGGAGAGACUUAUCUCCCUCACUAACUUUAAGCAUCAGUUGUCAGAGCAGCUUACCGAUCACUGCACCUGUACACAGCCAAUCUGUAAUUAGCCCACCUGUCAUACCCUGGCUCUGGGGACUCUUAAAUGUUGAGCCAGGGUGUGGAUUUUCAUUGUUUAGUUUUCUAUGUGUUUCGUUCUAGAUCGUUUAUAUCUAUGUUGGCCAGGGUGGUUCCCAAUCAGAGACAGCUGUAGCUCGUUGUCUCUGAUUGGGGACCAUACUUAGGCAGCCUUUUGGCAUGUUAGUUUUGUGGGAUCUUGUUCCGUAGGGUUUUGUGUAUAACCUAGGACUUCACGUAUCGUUUGGUUUAUUGUUUUGGUUCGUGUUGUGUACGCAAUAAAGAAUGUACGCUUAUCACGCUGCGCCUUGGUCCGCUUCAUCUGUCGAUGAUCGUGACAGAAGAUCCCACCACCAGAGAACCAAGCAGCGUGCCCAGGAGGAGAAGUUGGCGAUGUCCCAGGUGGGCGAAUGGUGGUCUUGGGAGGACAUAUUCGCGGGCAGAGGUCCAUGGGCAAAAGUAAAUGCCCAGGCAGGAGAGGAGAAACGGCGCCAACCGUGCCGACGACGGACACGCGAGAGGCAACCCCAAGUAUUUUUUUUUGGGGGGGGCACACGCCGUGGACGACGGGGCUGCUGGAGGCAGCUACAGGGCGCAUCGGCGGACUAGGAGAGGAGGCCAUCAGGUUUGGGGGGCUGGAAGGGUGGUUGGCGGAGCCUAGAGGUAGAGCAGAGCCAACCCCCCGUACUCAGGCUAGGCAGCGUGAGACUGGGCAGGUUCCGUGUUAUGUGGAGCCACGCACUGUGCCGCGAGUGUUCCGGCACAGUCCUGUACGUCCUGUGCUAGCACCACGCACGUGUCGUGCUAAGGUGGGCAUGCAGCCAGGACGGAGUGUGCCGGCUCAAUGCUCGUGGCCUCCAGUACCCCUCCUCGGUCCCGGAUAUCCUGCGCCAGUGCCACGUGCUGUAGUGCCAGUACGAGUGCACAGCCCUGUACGUCCUGUGCUGAUGCCUCACACAGAGUGUGUGGAAAUAGGCAUUCAGCCAGGACGGGUUGUGUCAGCUCUCCGCUCCAGACCUCCAGUCCGUCUCCACAGUCCAGCCCGGUCUGUUCCUGUCCCUCGCACCAAGCCUGUGGUGCGCGUCGCCAGCCCCGUCCGGCCCGUUCCUGCUCCCCGCACCAAGCCUGUGGUGCGCGUCGCCAGCCCGGUCCGGCCUGUUCCUGUCCCUCGCACUAAGCCUGUGGUGCGCGUCGCCAGCCCGGUCCGGCCUGUUCCUGUCCCUCGCACCAAGCCAGUGGUGCGCGUCGCCAGCCCGGUCCGGCCCGUUCCUGCUCCCCGCACCAAGCCAGUGGUGCGCGUCGCCAGCCCGGUCCGGCCCGUUCCUGCUCCCCGCACCAAGCCAGUGGUGCGCGUCGUCAGUCCAGCACGGUCCGUGCUUGUUCCACCGGUGCCUGGUCCGGCACCGGUCAGCUGCUCCACACCGGAGCCAGAGCAAUCCGCUCCACCGGUGUCCAGUCCAGCUCCGGCCAGCAGGGCCAGACCAGAUCAGGGGCGCUACGGGGGGGGUGGAGAGAGAGUGGUGGUCACGCCCGGAGCCGGAUCCGCCUCCGAGGCGGAAUGCCCACCCGGCCCCUACCCUCUUGUGUUUGGUUGGCGUGGUCGCAGUCCGCGCCUUUUGGGGGGGGGGGGUACUGUCACGCCCUGGCUCUGGGGACUCUUAAAUGUUGAGCCAGGGUGUGGAUUUUCAUUGUUUAGUUUUCUAUGUGUUUCGUUCUAGAUCGUUUAUAUCUAUGUUGGCCAGGGUGGUUCCCAAUCAGAGACAGCUGUAGCUCGUUGUCUCUGAUUGGGGACCAUACUUAGGCAGCCUUUUGGCAUGUUAGUUUUGUGGGAUCUUGUUCCGUAGGGUUUUGUGUAUAACCUAGGACUUCACGUAUUGUUUGGUUUAUUGUUUUGGUUCGUGUUGUGUACGCAAUAAAGAAUGUACGCUUAUCACGCUGCGCCUUGGUCCGCUUCAUCUGUCGACGAUCGUGACACCACCCAACUACUUCAUCCCCAUAUUGUUAUUUACAUUGCUAUUUAUUUUGCUCAUUUGCAUUUGCAUAUCUCUAUUUGCACAUCAUCUUCUGCACAUCUAUCACUCCAGUGUUAAUACUAAAUUGUAAUUAUUUUGCACUAUGACUUUUUAUCGCACUGCUUUGCUUUAUCUUGGCCAGGUCGCAGUUGUAAAUGAGAACUUGUUCUCAACUGGCUUACCUGGUUAAAUAAAGGUUAAAUAAAAAUAAAUAGUUUGUGUCAAGCCCGUCUUGAGCAUUUGUCCAUAGGUUUUCAUCGACACCACAGUAAAUGUCCUCAUUGUUCAUCCACCUGGGGAAAAACCUUUUGGCAUGGCGAAUCCAAGCCUGACAUUGGUCUGGAUUACUGUAAUGUCAUGGCAUGCCUCAUCCAGGGCCUGUAGGAGGGUGGUACGCUCAUGGGGAUGAUACUACAUGCUGAAAAUAAUUCCUUGAUGGGGUUGAAGAAUAGAGGCAGGUAUAGGGGUCAGGAAUCGGGGAUCGGCCCGAAACCAUGCAUGAACCACCUCUGCAUCGUGGAACCUGACAUUGUCCCACACAAUGACGUAGGUGACCCAUUCACCUUGACAGGCCUGUUCAAUCUCAGUGAGUAACUCAAUGAGGUGUGCAGCAAUGUGAAACCCCCCCUAGCGAAAAGAACCAAACAACUUAUUUUGGAUAAAUGCUUACUGUGUAGGUGAUGCAUUUGUUACAUAUAGUACAUCUCUGUUCUUGUCAAUAUCAGAUAAUUUAAAAAAAACUUACUGUAGAGUAAAAUCAUAACAGUCAUCAUCAUCAUUGUACGUUAUAGAAUACACUGAGUGUUCAAAACAUUAGGAACACCAUGACAUAGACUCACCAGGUGAAAGCUAUGAUCCCUUAUUGAUGUCACUUGUUAAAUCCAUUUCAAUCAGUGUAGAUGAAGGGGAGGAGACAGGUUAAAGAAGGAUUUUUAAGCCUUGAAACAAAUUGAGACAUGGAUUGUGUAUGUGUGCCAUUCAGAGGGUGAAUGGGCAAGACAGACGAUUGAAGUACCUUUGAACGGGGUAUGGUGGUAGGUGCCAGGCGCACUGGUUUGAUUGUGUCAAGAACUGCAACGCUGUUGGUUUUUUCAUGCUCAACAGUUUUCCAUGUGUAUCAAGAAUGGUCCACCACCCAAAGGACAUCCAGCCAACUUGACACAACUGUGGGAAGCAUUGGCGUCAACAUGGGCUAACAUCCCUGUGGAACACUUUCGACACCUUGUAGAGUCCAUGCUCCAAUGAAUUGAGGCUGUUCUGAGGGCAAAAGGGGGUACAACUCAAUAUUAGGAAGGUUUUCCUAAUGUUUUGUACACUCAGUAUAUAUCAUACUUUAUAUGUUUAUACUUUACAAACAUACAUUUUUAUUCUGUAGUUCUCAAAAUUGUAAUCUAUAGGUUUACCAAAUGGUUAAGUGAUUAUCAAUUAAGAGCAGUUGGAUUAAGUAAUAGUACAAUGUAUUUUAACAAAUGAGAACAGAAUCAUAUCAAAAGUCAUGUGAGCGUUGCAUUGUGAAAGGCAAUUACUUUAUAUGAACAUGUAUUGCAAUGUGAAACAUGUAUUUCUAGAUGAAACACUGAUUAAGUGUGGUGACAGUGACUAUGCUAUUGUGUGUUGUACUUUAGUCAAUUGAAGAUGUGCUUAAAGUUUUGAAACAACUGCCUUUUAGAUUAUAUGUUUUGAGUUUUGUACUAAGAGUUGUGAAAAUGUACCACAUACUUGUGAAAAUUGUAAUCAAAGGGAUAUACUUUUUUUUAAAGAAAUGUGAGCACUGGUUUCAUCAACCCAUGACAGAUGACAUAAUAAAUAUUUGGUUUCCCAAAUGGCACCCUAUUCCCUAUAUAGUGCACUAAUUGGUCAAAUGUAGUGGUCAAAUGUAGUGGACUUUAUAGGGAAUAGGGUGUAUAGUGCACUACUUUUGAUCAGGGCCCUGUUCAAAUGUACUGCGCUAUAUAGGGAAUAGGGUGCCAUUUUGUGACGAAACCAUUGAUUUACAUGUUUUCUUCCCUCUAUUUUACAGCUCCUUCAGUUCUUUCAAGUUCAACUUCAGUCCCAUCAGCUUGGUGGAUGAGAUUCUAACAGGAGAGGAGUGGUCACCAUUCCUGUCCGUCAAGGACAUGCCCGCCCCCUCACCGUCCGUUUACCAAUCAGAGGCUGCUAGCCAACAUGGUUGUGAUGAAGGCGACCAAUUAAAGACUGAACCAGAGUCGCGCCUCCCCAACGAUGUUCAACAGAACCACGAGGACAUAGGCCUUUCUUUAUAUGAGGAUGUUAGCUUCAUUCAAUCAGAUCCUAACGAGAUUGUGGACAACCAAUCGGACAACAGACAACAGGAAGUAAACAACAACAAUGACACUGGAGCUGAUGCCAUUGCUGUCAUCAAACCGAAGAUACUAUUGGACAAUGAUGCAGCGGAGGAGAGUGAGUUGGACCACUCCAGACCCAUAUGUAAGGACAUCUAUGACUCGGUUGAAUUACUUCAGUCCCCCAUAAGGACGCAAUCAAAGGACCUUCUUGACUUCUCCUAUGUUGAGGUGAGCCACACUGCAGGAUUGUGGGUAUUGUAGUCAUUUAAAGUGCUGUUGUAGGCCUAUGUCUAUAGAAGAGGGCUCUCCAACCCUGUUCCUGGAGAGCUACCCCCCCCUGUAGGUUUUUGCUCCAACCCCAGUUGUAACUAAUCUGAUUCAUUUUAUCAGCCAGCUAAUUAUUAAAAUCAGGUGCUCUAGAUUAGGGUUGAACACCUACAGGACGGUAGCUCUCCAGGAACAGGGUAGGAGAGACCUGCGAUAGAAACAUUCAGAAUCUCUCGUUCUUAUUCUCUCUCUCUCUCUCUCUCUCUCUCUCUCUCUCACAGUCACUUGGAGUUCUGGACAGUUCUGCUCAGAAACAUCGGAUUCAUCUGAACAAAAAGAGAAAGCACAGACUUCCGGGGCUAAAGAAGAUAAGUAAGAUUGAAUGGCUGGAAAACGGGAUGAAGGAAUCAGUGAAAAUAGAUGGGUAGAAAGGAGUUUGACAAAAGCUGAGACCGUGAAAUAACCAUUUUAUCUGCUGUUCCUUUUCUCUUUCCUGAAAUAGAGCUCAUCAAGAUAGAACGCACUGCAAUCAAAGCCCCUGAAAUCAAAUUCCUCAAACCCUCUCCUCCUCCCACCCUCUCCCCCACAUCACUCCCUUCUUCCUCCUCUCCUUCCUCCCCUCUCUCUUCCUUCUCUCCCUCCUAUGUCUGUUCGUCCUCUGUUUUCUACAACAUCCCUCCGUCUGCUGAAAAACAGGACCCUGUGACAUCAACGACACAGAACAACCUCUCUGUUAAGGUCAGAGUUCAUUUGACCCCGUAACCAUUGGCAACAUUUUCAAACACUGUACAUUAACAUGGUGUGUCUCUGAAGUCUGUCUGAAAUGACACCCUAUUCCCUGGUGCACUAUAGGAAUAGGGUGUCAUUUCAGACAGACUGUAGCUUAUUACUGAAUGUAAUAAUGUAUAUUAGGAUCACUAACCAAGUUUCCAUCCAACCUUGCUAUGCGAGUAAAGUACAUGUUGGAUAACAAAUGUCAGGACAGGCCUGAUGGAAACAAUGCAUUUGUCGGUAAAGUUUCCAAAUGUCGACAAAACAAAAUACGUUAGGCAAGGUGGGAUCUUUUUGUGUCUGUAAAAUUAAUUAUGUGAGCAAUGGCGGUGGAAACACCUUUAUGCGCAGAUAUUGAUAUAAUAACCAUCAUAUCGAAGUAAACUUGGAUUCAGGUGAUAUGUUGUGUGGUCCUCCAACUAUGACUCGGGAAAGCAUGCAGUUUAUUAGGCUACAGAUGAAAUAAGUUAUGAUGAUCUUUACAGGGUGGUGAAAGUGCACGGUGAUGAGCUUGAUCCUGGUAUGACAAAUAAAAAGAAUCUCGCUAUUUUUGUCCAUAAUAAUCUCAUCAUGUAUGCUAAACCUACACUGUAUCUGUAUCUAGCUGUUGUCUAGAGAGCAUGUGCUCUCUAGCCAACAGGGCACAUUCGCUAUAUAGCCUAAUGCAACAUUUUUUGUGACAAAACCGUCAGUAGAGUUUAAAAUGUGAUUGGAAACACAUUUAACUUGUAUUUUUCAUUCGGUACAAGGGAAUUUAACCACAAAAGUUAUUUUUAUGUGCACUACUUCCCGCACAGCUUUUUAGCCACAGCAAGUCAAUUUGACGGAAACACAUUGUUUUAUGCAGAUUUUAGAAUAUUCACAUGAAAAUCUGUCGCCAAUUGGAUGGAAACCUAGCUAUUGGCAGAGCCCACUUCAAUCCAUCAAAGAUUUCAAAAUGGUUCUCUCUCUUCUCUCUCUCCCUCUCUCUCUCUCUCUCUCUCUCUCUCUCUCUCUCACACAGUCACUUGGAGUUCUGGACAGUUCUGCUCAGAAACAUCGGAUUCAUCUGAACAGAAAGAGAAAGCACAGACUUCCGGGGCUAAAGAAGAUAAGUAAGAUUGAAUGGCUGGAAAACGGGAUGAAGGAAUCAGUGAAAAUAGAGGGGUAGAAAGGAGUUUUGACAAAAGCUGAGACCGUGAAAUAACCAUUUUAUCCGCUGUUCCUUUUCUCUUUCCUGAAACAGAGCUCAUCAAGAUAGAACGCACUGCAAUCAAAGCCCCUGAAAUCAAAUUCCUCAAACCCUCUCCUCCUCCCACCCUCUCCCCCACAUCACUCCCUUCUUCCUCCUCUCCUCCCUCCCCUCUCUCUUCCUUCUCUCCCUCCUAUGUCUUUUCGUCCUCUGUUUUCUACAACAUCCCUCCGUCUGCUGAAAAACAGGACCCUGUGACAUCAACGACACAGGACAACCUCUCUGAUAAGGUCAGAGUUCAUUUGACCCCGUAACCAUUGGCAACAUUUUCAAACACUGUACAUUAACAUGGUGUGUCUCUGAAGUCUGUCUGAAAUGACACCCUAUUCCCUGGUGCACUAUAGGAAUAUGGUGUCAUUUCAGACAGACUGUAGCUUAUUACUGAGUGUAAUAAUGUAUAUUAGGAUCACUAACCAAGUUUCCAUCCAACCUUGCUAUGAGAGUAAAGUACAUGUUGGAUAACAAAUGUCAGGACAGGCCUGAUGGAAACAAUGCAUUUGUCGGUAAACUUUCCAGAUGUCGACAAAACAAAAUACGUUAGGCAAGGUGGGAUCUUUUUGUGUCUGUAAAAUUAAUUAUGCGAACAAUGGCGGUGGAAACACCUUUAUGCGCAGAUAUUGAUAUAAUAACCAUCAUAUGGAAGUAAACUUGGAUUCAGGUGAUAUGUUGUGUGGUCCUCCAACUAUGACUCAGGAAAGCAUGCAGUUUAUUAGGCUACAGAUGAAAUAAGUUAUGAUGAUCUUUACAGGGUGGUGAAAGUGUACGGUGAUGAGCUUGAUCCUGGUAUGACAAAUAAAAAGAAUCUCGCUCUUUUUGUCCAUAAUAAUCUCAUCAUGUAUGCUAAACCUACACUGUAUCUGUAUCUAGCUGUUGGCUAGAGAGCAUGUGCUCUCUAGCCAACAGGGCACAUUCGCUAUAUAUAGCCUAAUGCAACAUUUUUUGUGACAAAACCGUCAGUAGAGUUUAAAAUGUGAUUGGAAACACAUUUAACUUGUAUUUUUCAUUCGGUACAUGGGAAUUUAAACACAAAAGUUAUUUUUAUGUGCACUACUUCCCGCACAGCUUUUUAGCCACAGCAAGUCAAUUUGACGGAAACACAUUGUUUUAUGCAGAUUUUAGAAUAUUCACAUGAAAAUCUGUCGCCAAUUGGAUGGAAACCUAGCUAUUGGCAGAGCCCACUUCAAUCCAUCAAAGACUUCAAAAUGGUUCUCUCUCUCUUCUCUCUCUCUCUCCAGACCACUGAAAGCAGCAGAAAGCCAGGUUCAAGUCCCAAGCCGCCUCUGUCCAAGUUCAUGACAGCCCUGAGAGACAAAACCAAGAGGAAGCUUAAAUAG